AUGGCCAACCACCACUGGCGGAAGGGUCAAUGCAAUGUAGAAAAAAGCCCUCACCAAAACCAUAAGUCUUCUUUUGAAGUGAACAGGGCCGACAAAAUGAAUAUUAGCGAUGAUUGGGCAUUCCCACUGGAGUGCUUUAACGAAGGUCUUGGAUCUGAUGUAGCGAAUGUGAAAUCCCUAAAGUUUAUGAAAGAUAGUUUUCUAUUGCCCCAAGUUGCCCCAUCACGGGCGGAAAAGCUUCCUGUAUCCAAGAUGGACGCCUUUUUGUACAAAAACUUAAAUCAGCGAAAUUCACAGGAUAGCAAAAGGAUGAAUUCGCUCCCAAGCUUGAAACUUGCGCAUCGGGAAAGAAGUAGUGAUGUAGACGAUUGUAAAAACACGAAAUAUUUCGAUAACGUGAAUCGUGCGCCGAUGCAAUCCAGGAAGUCUUUAUCGUUAUCUCCUACUACACCUAUGCGCAAUAAGCAUUUGCCAAACUUGCUUUCAAUUCAGCAAUUGCUUGAAAGAGAUGACUCAGAUAAUACUAGUGCGCACGCUCUAUCGCCGAAUAAUUUCUGCGAUCUUUCUUAUACGCAGUUUAACAAAGAACUUCCGGGUUCUUCCAACUCAAGACAAUCCACACGGACCGAUCGAGUGUCCCCCAUGUCAUCCUAUCCAGACUCUACUUUGACGGAAACCCGCAAAUUAAGUGGGGGCAUUCCGCCACCACGAUAUGCGCGAUCGAUAAGCCCGAAAGAUAAGACGCUUGAAGAGGUUCACAACAAAUCCUACAGCACCAGUAAAAAUAAUUCGGUUUCAUUUCUCGACAGCGACGCUUCAAGUUGUGGAGAGGUGGUGUGGAAGGCCACGCUAACACCGAAAAAGCCUGCAAUGCGUGGCACCACUUCUGGAAUAACCUUUUUCAACCCCAAGCCCCAAUCACGGAUCGAAGCCCCACAUCCCGCUCGAAAGCGAUGUCAACACAAGGUCAAGAACGAUAUAGUGAAAGAAAACAACGUCUAUGUCGUGUGGUCGCGUUUUCCAAACUUAACACACAAUCACCCUGCGGGACCACGCCUCAAGAAACCGGGGGUUCCGCAUUCAAAAUCAACGACAAAGUCAUCCUUUUAUAGCUCUAACUAUUCCCAAUCCUCCAAGGGAAAUGAUAAAAAAAAGUCCGAACACGUUAUAAGUAAAUUGCGCUACAACAGUGGCAGACGGAGUUUGGAUAUGAAAUGGGUCAACAGUCUUCGUGGGAGAGAGCCAUUAGAGACGGGGCCGAAGUCCCACAGAACCGGAAGCACCAAUAGUCGUACUUCCGCUUUCUUAAACAGUUCCAUCACGGACGAUUUGCUGUCUAAAUAUGCCUCGUGUGGUUCGUCUAUCACCGAGGAAACGAGUAUGGUUGAAAAACGGAACGAUAAAGCCAAACCACAGGACGUUGUGGACAUAAAUGAUGUACCAGAGGAAAGGCUGCCGGAAAUAAAAAUAAAUACGGUUAGUCGAGAUAGUAUCCAAAAAGUAAAUUCCGAAUUACGUAAGGGAUUCAAAGGGCCUUCUGAACUUGGAAGUGCCGAGUUGCCUAGUAGAGUGCAAACGCUUGACACGAACCCCUUUUUAACAAAGUCUAGCUGUUCUCAGAUAAAAGUAGAAGGGGGAGGAGCCGAAAAUGUGCGGACAGUUGAGAAACUUCCUUUAAAUCAACACUCAAAACAAGUAAAAGUUGAGUGUAUGGUGGAUCUGCUUCCUUCAAAGCGAAUGAUGGAUAUAGCAGAUUCAUGUUUGGCAACACGACAUCCCACUUUCUCACGUCGAAUUAUCAGAACUUUCAAAAACUUGGAUAAACCGCGAGGAAUCCAAAAUAUUAAUAAACACAAAGUAAAGAUAAAGAAUCACAGGUCAUUAGAUUUUAUUCGCUCCGUAUAUUUAGGUACACCACGUACGCGAGCAAAGAUCCCGCCGUUGUUAAGCCGUGAAUCUCUUUGCACCUCGCCUUUAAAUCCGAGUUUAGGUCACAACGGCAAAAUUAAACCAUGUAUUGAAUACUCUGAUUUAAAUGCUAAAGAAGGCAAGAAAGAAUGCAUAGGCAAGAAAGCAGAGAGAAUUAAAUCCUUAAUUAAAUCUAGGGAUCCUUACAAUUAUCUUCUGGGAUACCAUGGAUUUUGGGGAGAAGAAAAUUACUACUAA